UGUACGUAAACAAUAGACUGUGAAUUUAUCAUGGUUUUUAUUACUAUUAACUUAUCAAGUUUAUUACUUUCAACAGGAAUACAACAAACAACGCGCUUUUGUUAUUACGUAGACCAGUAAAUUUUAAACGUAUUAAUGAUUAUAUUUAUUGGAAUCAUAGUCUUAAUGAAACGUAGCCUAAAACCGCCAAUUUUGAUUUGUUUUUUUUGAUACCUACCUUUGUGUUUAUUUCUCAAGUUCAGUGAAAAUCAUGUUACUCAGCCAGUGCAUUGACUUAAUAAUCAUAUUGUUAUUUUUAUCGUUUGUGUCCGUCUCUUCAAUUGAAAGCAUGGAGCAAAUGACCAUUGAACUCAAAGAGCCAGAAACAGAUGAUACCAAAGACGUUUACAAUGGCUUUAUAUACUUAAACCAUUCAUCUAUAAUACAAAUAAACUUAAACAAUUCAAUCGAGGAGUUAUCAUUCAUAAUAUUCCAAGUUCAUAGUCAUUUGUAUAAAGUUACAAUGUAUAGAAAUAAAUUUCAAAGUGAUACUUAUGAAUAUGGAACUAAUAUUGGCCUGUACAGUAAAAUAGCCGAAAAUGAUGUUUUCUAUAUUAAGAACAUGAAUAAUGAUAUAGAUUUAAAACUAUAUCUUGCAAUACAAGGAUAUAAGAAACAGGAUCCUGUACCCGGUGGGUGCAAUAUGGAGUCUCAUGUUCCUGUCUCAACUGAUCUUGUAAUACAAGAGUUCUCAGAUUACCUUUAUGUUGAUAUCGCACCGGCACAAAACCCCCAAGAGCCAAAUUGCUUAAAUCCUUCCCAAGUUUCAGUCAAAGUCUAUCUUAUGUAUAUGCCCGAACGUAACUUUGAUGCUGAUGUGUACUUUGAAAGCAUCAAAAGUAUGAUGAACUUGCCAAGCAUUGAGAAAAAUGGAGUUAUUGUGCCCGCAAUGUCGAAGAUGAUGCAAAUGCGUCGUAUCGUCGGCCUGUAUCCCGGGACGGGUAUGGUGUUCGUUGCCGUAGCCAAAGCCGGCGCCGACGGAUAUGCCCUCUACGUGCCGGCUCAGACGUAUGGAUGCUCACCGUUUUCAAAUGACGGAUGCGAACUUAUUAAGGACCUGUUGUCGUGCGUACUAUGCGCGCUGCUUUUGUUCGUCGGACUGUUUCUCUGUUAUUUACGUCAUCGUUUCUUCAAGAUCGAACUGUUUACGUUUGGAUUCACAAGCGGAUUUGUACUGACUUACAUCUUUAUAUCAUACCUCGUCGUUACCGAUCGAACUGCCGUGGUAGCGGCUUCGGCGUUAUCAGGUUUGUUCUUCGGUUCAAUGUGGCUGAUGUUCUGGUGGGUAUACGGUAUACCGAUCAUCGCUCUGCUGUUGACGUCAUUGAAUCUUGGAUUCCUUAUGGCAUCACUGUUCUAUUACGUCAUACCAGAUGACUUGUAUUUCCGGGAGGACCUCAAUUACUGGUUAAUAUUCGCAUUAAUCGUAUUGGUGUGCGCGAUAAUAAUGAUAAGCGCGACAUUCGAAGCGAACAUACUGGCCUGCGCGAUACUCGGCGGUUACGCGGUUAUAUACCCUAUAGACUACUACAUUGGAUCGAAUUUGAAGUACAUACUGAUCAACACGAUGAGACGGGCCACGGUACCGAAUUUCAAGAGUGCGACGCUCGUACUCAAUUAUCAAUACAAAGAUUUAGUACUGACACUCCUAUGGGCAUCGCUUACCGUAACAAGUUUCGCCUACCAAUACUACACUAAUUACGGCCGACCUCCCUUCCCCCCUCCACCUAGGGGCAUCAGAGCUAGACCCCCAUCCUUCGCCCGACUCUCCGCACGAGACCCCGGUACUUGCGACGAAAGAACGCCUUUGUUAUCGUAAAGUAGCACAAACCAAAGCUCUCUGACUGUAGCUUUAUAGCUUUGAUGAUAAAACAUGUGACAUAAAAUCACCAAAGAACUUGCUUUCGCCAAAUAUUAAUGCAAUUGUAGGAAAUUAUCAGAAUUACUUAAGUUCUCUACGUUAUUGUAUUUUAGACUUUAAAUCUUUAAAAUAAAGUUUAAAAAAAAAUGAUCGGGACAUUAGAAUAGCUUAAGUAAUGUAAGUUUAAAUGGUUGUUCGUUUAUUAAUGUUUUAGGAGAAAUAUGUUAUGUAUUUAUAUUGUAUUCAACAUAUCAGUGA